CUUUUGUAGUCGGUGACGUAGUCGGUGACGUUACCAGCGAACAAAGUCUGUGAUGGGACGAGCCGACAGGAAGUUGUGCAUGGCUAAGAGGGAAGUACCGUAUCUCAGUCAGUGAGAUAAAAUCAUACAGCUUUACACUGCAGCUUAUUUUGCAGCAUGUUUAUUAAUAUAUUCGAUUUGUAGCUUUAAGAAAAUGGCUUGUUUCUUCAGGCGAAGAAUUGCAGCCAAGCUGGCUGGGACGCUGCAGCAGUCGGAGGAUGCGUUCAUACCAGCUCUGUCAGCGGUUCCGGUUUUUAAGAAACAGCAGAAUCCCGACUUCAAACUGUCAAUCAGCACGUUACGAAUCAAUGGGAUUUUACCGUCCAGCAGUGACAUUCAGGUGCAGACAGAAGACUUGGCCGCCCAGUUGAAGCAGGACAGUGUGGUGGAAGACAUUUCAGCUGGAAGUGGAGUGAUCAAUUUUAAAGUUAAUCGCAAACUUCUUGUCCAGAAAAUGUUGGAGACAUUUGGAAAGGGGGAGGAUGAGAAAUUUGGGUUGAAUAGUGAACUUUUCAAUACUCUGAAGAGAGGAACAACAUUAAUUGAGUACAGCUCUCCAAAUAUCGCCAAAAAAUUCCACGCAGGACACUUGCGAUCUACAAUUAUUGGUAACUUUAUUGCUAAUCUAAAGCAGAGUCUUGGAAAUAAUGUUAUCCGAAUGAACUACCUCGGAGACUGGGGCAUGCAGUUUGGUUUGCUGGGAGUCGGGUUUGGCCAGUUUGGAUGUCAAGAGCAACUGAAACAAAAUCCCUUACAGCAUUUGUUUGAGGUUUAUGUUCGAGUCAACAAGGAGGCAGAGCACAAUGAGGACAUGAAGCAGGCUGCCAGAGACUUCUUUAGACAGCUGGAGCGGCGUGACAGCGACGCCGUGUCUUUAUGGCAACAGUUCAGAGAGAUCACAGUGGACGAGUAUCAACACAUUUACAAGCGGUUAGGGGUCCACUUUGAUGUUUACUCUGGGGAGUCCUUUCACCAGGAUCAGGCCCAGGAUGUGGUGCGGCAGCUGCAGAGCCAAGGCCUGUUGAAAACCUCUGAGAAGGGAACAGCCGUUGUGGACCUGUCCCCUGCCGGAGACAUGAGCAGCGUCUGCACGGUGCUCCGCAGUGACGGCACCAGCCUCUACAUCACCAGAGAUGUUGCUGCAGCCAUCGACCGAACCGAAAAAUACAAUUUUGACGAGAUGAUUUAUGUGACAGAUAAAAGUCAAGCGAGUCACUUCAGCCAGCUCUUCCAGAUCCUGCUUGCUAUGGGACAUUCUUGGGCUGACAGGUGUCGGCACGUGCCCUUCGGCCUGGUGCGAGGCAUGAAGACCCGCAGCGGGGAGGUGGUGUUUCUGGAAGACAUCCUGGAUGAGGCUCGGACCAGGAUGCUGCACAACAUGAGCCAGUCAAAAACAACAAAGGAAGUGGACAACCCAGAGGACACAGCAGAGAAAGUGGGAAUUGGUGCACUAAUAAUCCAGGACUUCAAAAGUCCACUGCAGUCAGACUACACGUUUGACUGGGACAGGAUGCUGCAGGCUCAGGGAGACACGGGAGUCUUCCUCCAGUACACACACGCUCGACUCCGCAGUUUAAUCAAGACAAAUGAAGGUGUGGCAGCAUCUGUAUUUGAUGCAUCCCUCCUACUUGAUCAGAUGAGUGUCACCGUCCUGCAGCAUCUCCUUCGCUAUGAUGAGGUGUUGUACCAAUCGGCCCAGGAUCUGCAACCCAAACACCUUGUCAACUUUUUACUGAAGCUGAGCCACCUGAUCGCCGCAGCGCACAGACAGCUGCCGGUGAAAGGAAGCUGUCAGGAUGUUGCACAGGCAAGGUUACGACUGUUCAGCGGCGCCAGCGCUGUCCUGGCCAACGGGAUGAGGAUCCUGGGCAUCACACCAGUCGACCGAAUGUGAAACUCAUCAAAGUUUCUUCUUAAUUUAUGUUUUUUUUUUUUUUAAAUUGCUAUGGGUACCAUGGGUACCAGUUAAAGUGUGAUGUAAAUAGUAAAAAAAAAACCAAAACCAUAUUU